AAAGAGCUCCGUCUCGUGAUCGAAUUUACAACACAAACAUCGAGACCCUUCGAGAAGAAACACGGGAAUAACGACAUAUAUACAACAAGAAAAUACAAGAUUGAUGUACUAAAAUUUAGUUUAUGAAACUACCUUUCAAUUUCUGCAAACAUUUUGGACUGUUAACUGAAAGUAGAUAUGAAAGAUACUAUUGCCCAGCGUUUGCUACACAGCAUCAUGGCCGGGAAAGAUAUUAGCCAAUCCGAAGUCCCAUCCACAUCAGCUGAUAACAUCGACUUCCUGACUUAUGAUGACGACAACAGUAACGUCUUUUACUCAGAGGACGUCGGUCCUAUGUGGACUGAUAACAUUAUUGAACUCAGCUCGUCAAAUACGUCGACCAAUGACUCCCAAGUAAGCAAUGUUCUGCCUUUUGAAGAACGUCAGACCGAAGAUCCAAUGUUAGAUUUAGUAAAAGGGGAGUUAAAACAUAGAAUCAGGUCCAGACGUCACGCCUCAGGUCAGGAAGAUAUUGUUGUAGAUUUUGCAGCUGAAGCUAAGGAGGAAAUGUUGACUGGCGAAGAAGAAGAAAGAAGACAACUUCGUCGAGAAAAAAACCGAGUUGCUGCCCAGAAAUGUCGUGGAAAGAAACGAGAACGCGCAGACAAUCUAGAAGGGGCUGUGGCUCGACUAGAGAAUAAACAAUCUCGAAUCUCAGCUGAAAUUGCCAAACUUCAAAACGAAAAGGAACACCUAGAAGAUUUAAUUAGUGUCCAUCAAACAGUAUGUCCAAAGAUGAAAAAACAUGGAGAUUCAUAAAGUUCUAUAAUAGAAUCCUUUGUGAGGAGAUUUAAUUCUACUUGUGAACGUGUUUUUGGCCUUUGAUAUAUCAACACAACUACACGCAAGAAGAACCGAUACGAGCCGCCGUUUGUUUGAACUUGCAGGCACCAUAAUACAGUUGUAUCAUUAUCGGGUCGUAAGCUGAUUAAAAACGUUAGAAUAGAAACAUGGAUUUGGUGCCAAUAUUAGUGUCCCAGGUAGUCUGAUAAAAAUGGUUAAUAGUUAAAAAGGCAGGUUCCUUGAAUAAAACAAACUAAAAAAAAAUAACCUAAGAAACUAACGAGAACAUAGUGGGCAUUAUUUAUCGUCAUUAUUCCGCAAACGUUUUCUCAAUGCAACUUUAGUCUAAUGUGAUUUUCUGUAGUCAUAGCAACCACGUGUAUAUCUGUAAAAUCCAGGAACUGUUUACUGUAUUGUUGCCAUGGACAUUGGUAAAUACAGAAACGUUGAUUUAGUAUUAGUAACGACAGAUAACCAUAGAAACAAGAUAGAGUGACGGUUAACCAUAGUAACACAGACUUGUUACUAUAGCGACGACUGUGCAUAACGGAGAACGGUGUGAUGUGCGAAUGUAUACUGUGCAUGAUUAAUGUCUGUAAGAAUGAACGAGAACAAUUUUUUUUAUCCUAGACUAGCUCUGCGACCUUUGCUAAAGACAAUAUAGUAUAAGAACUAAAAUGGCGACGGACUUGUGUUUAGAUCUGAUCAGACUUCAAAAUGGCUAAAACAAAAUGGUGGUCGAGUAAAAACGAUUUUAUUCAUUCAUACUACUUUUGAUGAAUUAUUUUCUACUACUUUAACAGUGUUGUUAACGGUAGUUUGUUAUUUGGGGUGUAAGUGUUCAAUAUUUAAACACCUUCAUUGAGAUAGGCCUAUAUAAGUGUUUAUUAUAAAUCGAUUAAUAUGUAAACUAUAUUAGUUCCUAUAAUACAGGUUGUCUCAAAUAGUCAAAUUAUUUGAUGGGUAUAUUUUGAUUAAAUAUUUUUCAUCGUAUAAUUAAGCACAUCGGCCUCAUUCCACCCAACUCCUGUUACAUUCUUUUUGGAUUAAGUUUUGCAUUUAUAUUAAUUUAUCAAGGCAGCAUACUAACCCAUUUUAUAUUCGUAUAUACACAUAAUCAUCUAUAUCGUUUUGGAGCUUGGGUUAAAAAUAAAAUUAAAAAUAUUAAUAAGGUAUAGCAAUAUUUUUCUGCGUCAAGUUUUGAGUUUUGGACAAACACUUCAGAUGAAUAUCCAAUUUAUUGAGCCUUGACGUUUACCGCUGGCUUAACUCCAGAGAGUUACAUGUUUACCCCUGGGAUUGCUUGCCAGGAAAAUCCCAAGUUUAUCAUAUCCACAGUUUAAAUGAAAUAAUAAGUGAAAUACGUGAUAUUCAUGUAUUUUCUCUGGUUUCAAUCAUCAUCAUAAUCACAAAAUUAGUAUCAGUAUGGCAACAGGUCUCCAUUAUUUUGAUUAUAUUUUUUUAAAAGGAGAAUUAAGUAAUAAAAGUUCAAUCAAAAGUUCAGUUCAUGUUGAAUUUAAUAUAGGCCCAUUACUUAAAAAUAACAUUUGUUCAGAUAUUAAUUAUCUUUAGGCCUGUUUAUUUUGUUGUGUUUCUGUGUUCAUUUAAUAAUUAACAAUCCAGUUACGUACGUGCUGGCUGGGGUUGCGGCAGUUACAAAAUCUUGCCCCUCCCCUGCUUGCUGUGACCAGAAGACCACUGCUCCUAUCACUUUAUUUUGGAAGUCAUUGCUGUCACCUUAUUAUACUCUCAUUGGCGAUUUGUGUAAAACGCCUUUAGAUGAAGGGGCCACUGUGGCUCGGCGAGUAAGAUGUUUCCUCGCUAACCUGGAGGUCCCUUGUUCGAUCCCUGCUUUGGCCGAGAAAGUCCAUUGGCAUUUUCCGGCGUGGUUCCUCCUUGUCAGUGAUGCAGAGCCGAAGGUCUAGCAAGAGACCACGUAUAGUCGUUCGGAUGGGACGAAAAACAGAGGUCCCGUGUACAUAUUGGCGUGUUGCACGUAAAAGGUCCCUUGGUAAAAUAUCCCUCAUAGCACACUGUAUGCCGUAUGCCCGUCUUCAUUAGACCAGGCGGAGCAGAACAGUAUAGGGUGUUAAAGGACAAUAUUGGCGCCAGUCAUUUUCACAUAUGUGAUAGAGCUAGUUAAACACAUUCCAAAUAUAAUUUUAACACAGAGAUCAUUGCUACGAUAGCUGAGUAAUACAUGUUUCCUGAAUCGGAAGUGACGAACGCCAAAGGAAAACACAAGUCAUCUCUCUAUAUAACUGACUGAUGUGACGAGUGAUAACGGAUAUACGGGCGAAUUUCUGUUCACUAAUAAUUUGGAAUGUGUUUAACCAGCUCUAUCACAUAUGUGAUAAUGACUGGCACCAAUAUUGUCCUUUAAACCCCAUUUCAUUUCUUUUUGGGUGAUCAAAUCCCUGGCCAUAACCGUGGAAUUUCAAUAGUCCACAAUGGAGAAAAUGUUUUACACAAACACCGGCAUAGAUGUAUUUUUUAGAUUUAUUAUUAAUUUGUGUGUACUGUGUACGAUAUUAUUUGAGAAUACUUAUUAUUAAAUAACAAUUUGUUGUACAUAUUGUAUUUGAUUUUAAUGAGUGAUGAAUAUGUUAUUUGUUGUUAGUAACGAAUGUUUUACAAUUAUUUUAUUUAAAGCAGAAAAUAAAAAAUAACUUUUAUCUACAAA